AUGAACGUGUUGGUAUAUUCCGGUCCUGGAACUACCACUGAAAGUGUCAAACACUGUGUAGAAUCACUCAGAUUCCACUUAUCCUCAUACUAUGCUGUUCUUCCUGUGUCUGAAUCAGUCAUUCUAAACGAACCAUGGAUGCGCAAGACAUCACUCUUGGUCAUGCCUGGAGGAGCCGAUUUACCCUACUGUAACGUGUUGAACGGGAACGGGAAUAGAAAAAUAGCAAGUUAUGUCAAACAAGGUGGGGCAUACUUGGGUUUCUGUGCCGGUGCCUAUUUCGCAGCAGCUAGGUGUGAAUUUGAGAUUGGCAAUCCAGUUAUGGAAGUUUCCGGUCCUCGAGAAUUGGCAUUUUACCCAGAUGCAAAGAGAGGAUGUGCAUUUAAGGGGUUCCAAUAUGAAUCUCAUGCCGGUGCACGGGCAGUCCAAGUUUCCGUGAAUACUAGUAUCUUACCUGACUGUCCUUCCAGUGUGUAUCAUUAUUACAACGGUGGUGGUGUGUUUAUUAAUGCAAGUAAAUACAAAGAUGUGGAAGUUUUAGCACGAUAUGAUGAGCGAAUCGACGUGGAUGACAUAGACAAAGCAGCAGUUGUGUUUAGGAAAGUUGGAAAGGGUAGAGUGCUACUUACAGGAACUCAUCCUGAAUUUUCCUACAACUUAUUGAAACCCUUCCAACAUGAACAUGAUGAUAAAUUCACCACUGUGAUUGAAAAAUUAAAGGAAAACGAUCAUGAUAGAAAGUUAUUCACUAAAGCGUGCUUGAAGAAAUUGGGAUUGAGAGUUAGUGAAAAUGUCGAUGCGUCAAUACCUAAUGUGACUCCAUUGAUAGUUGCUUCACCCGUAGCCAACAUUGGACAAAUAUACCAAGAUUUGAAAACUAAUUUGGACAUCAAGAACGGUUUCUUCCAAGACAAUAAUGAUGUAUUUGUAUUCCAAGAUGAGUCACACGAAGAAUACCAUGUUGAAAAUGAACGUAUUGACGUUGAAGAUCCAACUAAAGCUACCAAGCAUGUGAAAUUCAUGACUUCAGGAACUAUCCCAACAAACAAAAUGACACCUUAUUUCAACAUGAACAAAUAUUUUGAACAUUUGAAAGAAUUAUCUAAAGGGAACAUCGGGCAGUAUGGAAAUAUACUCGGAUAUGCUGAGGUUACAACGUCCACAAACACAAUUCUUGAAAAGAAUCCUCAUUGGCUAGAACAUCUUCCUGCUGGAUUCACCUUGACUGCAACUACGCAAAUUGCCGGUAGAGGCCGUGGUGGUAAUGUUUGGAUCAACCCAAAGGGAGUAUUGGCAACUUCUAUCUUGUUCAAGAUUUCUCAAUCAGCCAAAUCUUCUUCCUCGGUGGUAACCAUGCAGUAUUUGUGUGGGUUAGCUUUGAUUGAAGCAAUUUUGGGAUAUGGAAGUACCGAAUCCGGCAAGGGAGUAGGAUAUGAAGACAUGCCAUUGCGUUUGAAAUGGCCUAAUGAUAUCUACAUUUUGAAACCGGAAUAUUUCAACUCAUUAGCUGAUAAGAAUGAUGUCAGUAGUACUGUCGAAGGAGACGAUGAAAAAUAUUCUAAAGUCUCAGGAGCCUUAAUUAAUUCGCAGUACUUGAAUGGUCAAUUCUAUUUAGUAUGGGGUGGUGGUGUAAAUGUGUCUAAUCCAGCACCAACCACGUCGUUGAACUUGGUAUUGCAGAAAUUAAACUUGAUUAGAGAGAAGCAAGGUUUGCCUUUAUUACCCCACUAUGAGCCGGAAAAGUUGUUGGCUAAACUUAUGCAUACAGUAAACCUGUUCUUCCCUGUGUUUGAGAAGGCAGGGUUGAGUCCAUUCCUUCCACUUUAUUAUAAGCGUUGGUUCCAUUCUGAACAGAAAGUGGCUGUCAAUGGUGCCGAUGGAAAACCAAGAACUUGUGUAAUCAAGGGCAUAACUCCAGAUUAUGGAUUGCUUAUUGCUGAAGAUGUUAACAAUCAUGAAGUUUUACAUUUGCAACCUGAUGGAAACUCAUUUGACAUUUUUAAAGGAUUAGUUUAUAAAAAGUCGUAG